CUUAUAAAUUAAUAUCACAAUAUGAUACAUUUAUCACAGGGUCAUAGUGCUAAACUUGACCCAGGUCAUAUGAUUGAAAAGAGUAUAAAUGCAACUACACAAGUUUAUCAUACUACUGAAGGAGUACAAUGUCAGCUGCUUUCAUGAUCCUGUUUGUUAUACUCACAUGCUUCACAGAAUGGUCACUUGAAACAACGGCAAAUACUACUGAGUCUUACUUCAAUUCGACUGAAUCUCAAUCCAAGCUAUUGCAGGCUGUCUAUCAAUCUUUAGACUGUGUACGGUUGUAUGCUCCGUUCUUCGGACGCUAUUAUUGGAUUGAUGUUUGUGACAGUAACAGUUAUAUUAUACCAUAUUUUAUGUGGUAUACAAAUACAAUCUGCGCACAUCGAUCUUAUCUCAUCACGAGAUACUGGAUCGUGUAUACGCGACACGGAUUCCUCGGUCAACAUAUUAUACUUACACCCGGUGUAUGUAUAAGAAAUUUAAGGCAACACGGAAUAUGGUCGGUUGGGUCCAUACUAAAAUGCACAAAAAUAAGCCAAUACAUCGCUAACUAUUACUGUUACAGGCCAAGAGUAGCACCGUGGCCGUAUGAUCAAAUCCCACAAUAUGCAUCUUUAUCCCAAACACAACCAAAUCAAUUUCCACCUGGAGGUUUGGUUCCGUCCAAUUUGCAAGGUCCACAAAACCAAGGUAUAGCAACUGUAAAUGCUCCAGCUUAGAUUCUUUAUUUCGAAAAUUUCUUACCGUUAAACAAUUUUAAAUAAACAUUACAAUAUGAAAUGAACAAAUUAUAUUUUACGUAUGUAUUGACUUAGAUGGUAAUAAUUGUGGAAAAUAUAUAUUUACCUAGUUCAAUUUUAUUUAAAUAACUAACACGAUACCUUUAAAUCGCAUUAAACUUUCAACAUUAGUCUACAAAAUGAUCAGGCCAAGAAUAAAUGUUUCAAAUGCCAUUGGGGUUGACGGACGUUUUUCAAUUUGCAUAGUCAACAUCACGGAAUGAUCUUAAUCAAGCAAACACGGGAAACCGAAAACGCUAGAUAGGCGCUUCGUUCUACUAUGUGAACACUCAGAAGUGAGCAUCCAAGUCUACAUCACCAAGGACAAAACGCAGGACUUCCAGUUCCCAGCAUGAAUAAAUAACCCACAGACUACUAUGCGAAACUGAAUAUCCUGGGUUUGAAACCUGGUAUUCUGGUCGUGAGUGAGCAAUUCUGAGUUGAAAUCUGCUUGAAAAGAAUAUUUGUUCAGUAGUUCCACGAUUCAAGUGGUUAGGUAAUUAAGGUUAUUCCUUAAUGUUAGCUGUGAAAUAUUUCUAAUUUUAUCAACGGUGCAUGCUUUGCCUACCCAGCUUCUUUUAAGUCGUGAAAUGAUGUUGCUGGAGUAUAUGAGCCCUUUCCUCCCGAUACAAAGUAUGAGAUGUUAACAGAAUUAACCAAUUUUAUGUUGGACGUUUUAGCAAAUGUACUUGGCUAAUUAACUAGUUGUUACUGUUUCCAUAGGCCUUUCUUUAACCCUAAAUAACAAAA